GGCUGCUCAUUUGAGCGAACAGCUUUCCCGGUUCGAGUAGUUUAGGCAGAGCUUUCAGUAUGCGAGAGAUCGUGCAUCUUCAGGCGGGCCAGUGUGGCAACCAGAUCGGGGCCAAGUUCUGGGAAGUUAUCAGUGAUGAGCAUGGCAUCGAUCCUACCGGAACCUACCAUGGAGACAGUGAUCUCCAACUGGAGAGAAUUAAUGUCUAUUAUAAUGAGGCUACAGGUGGCAAGUAUGUGCCUCGUGCUGUGCUCAUGGAUUUGGAGCCUGGUACUAUGGACUCUGUUCGCUCUGGUCCCUUUGGACAGAUAUUCAGACCAGAUAACUUUGUGUUUGGUCAGAGUGGUGCUGGCAACAACUGGGCCAAAGGACAUUACACUGAAGGAGCUGAACUGGUUGACUCUGUUCUAGAUGUGGUAAGGAAGGAGGCGGAAAGUUGUGAUUGUCUCCAGGGCUUUCAACUCACCCACUCACUGGGUGGUGGAACUGGUGCUGGCAUGGGCACACUCCUCAUCAGCAAGAUCCGUGAAGAAUACCCUGACAGAAUAAUGAACACAUUCAGUAUUGUGCCUUCACCAAAAGUGUCAGACACAGUCGUGGAACCUUAUAAUGCCACCCUGUCUGUCCACCAGCUUGUGGAGAACACUGAUGAGACUUAUUGUAUUGAUAAUGAGGCUCUGUAUGACAUUUGUUUCCGAACCCUCAAACUCACAACUCCUACUUAUGGUGACCUGAACCACCUUGUAUCAGCCACUAUGAGCGGUGUAACAACCUGUUUGCGUUUCCCCGGUCAGCUCAAUGCUGACCUUCGUAAACUAGCAGUGAACAUGGUCCCCUUCCCCCGUCUGCACUUUUUUGUGCCAGGUUUCACUCCUUUGACCAGCCGUGGCAGCCAGCAAUACCGUGCCCUCACAGUACCUGAGCUUACCCAACAGAUGUUUGAUGCCAAAAACAUGAUGGCAGCCUGUGACCCUCGACAUGGCCGCUACCUGACCGUUGCUGCCGUUUUCCGAGGACGCAUGUCCAUGAAAGAGGUGGAUGAACAGAUGUUGAAUGUCCAAAACAAAAACAGCACAUACUUUGUUGAAUGGAUUCCCAAUAAUGUUAAGACAGCUGUUUGUGACAUCCCACCUAGAGGCCUCAAGAUGUCUGCCACCUUUAUUGGCAAUACAACAGCUAUCCAGGAGCUGUUUAAACGUAUCUCUGAGCAGUUUACUGCCAUGUUCCGGCGGAAAGCCUUCUUGCAUUGGUACACUGGUGAGGGCAUGGAAGAGACUGAGUUUACUGAGGCUGAGAGUAACAUGAAUGACCUGGUUUCUGAGUACCAGCAAUAUCAGGAUGCCACAUCUGGAGAGGAGGCUGAAGAGGAAGAAUUAGGAGGAGAAGAAAAUUAA